AUGUCAAAACCUGACGAUUCAAAAGUUUAUUUCUUUACGUUCAAGAAGGUGUUUUUACAUUUAACCGCCCCUCCCCCCACUCUCUCGCCCUACCUCUGUCUCUGUCCUUUGCUUUUCCUAGCUAUACCAGUCUGUUCCUAUCUAUCUAUUCAAGUCAGUUCCUUCCUUCCUUCCUUCCUUCCUUCCUAUCUAUCUAUCUAUCUAUCUAUCUAUCUAUCUAUCUAUCUAUCAAUCUUUCUAUCUAUCUAUCGCAGUCUGUUCCUAUCUAUCUAUCCAAAUCUUUUCCUUCCUUCCUUCCUUCCUUCCUUCCUAUCUAUCUAUCUAUCUAUCUAUCUAUCUAUCUAUCUAAUUCUCUCACAAUCUAUCUUUCUAAUAACAGAAACUAGAUCAGUUGACGUCAUUCAACAUCAGUAUGCACCGUAUUCGCGAGGAACAAACGUGAAAUCUAUCUAUCUAUCUAUCUAUCUAUCUAUCUAUCUAUCUAUCUAUCUAUCUCACUGUUUUAAUAACUAUCUCUAUCCUCUUCCAAUCUAUCUAUCUCUCCGAUUUUCUUCAUUAUCUAUCUAUCUAUCUAUCUAUCUAUCUAUCUCACUACUCUUCAUUAUCUAUCUCACUGUUUUAAUAAGUAUCUCUCUUAUCCUCUUCAAAUCUAUCUAUCUAUCUAUCUAUCUAUCUAUCUAUCUAUUUAUAUACGCGUAUCGAAUAACUUUCUUUUAG